CAAUAUUGUAGGAUGGAAGAUCUGAUCACGAAGUAUGUUUCCCUGUCGAAAGAAGACCCUGAAAAGUCUGAGAGUUGGUCUCAACUCUGCAACUCUGGACAGACUCAACUGUAUCGGCUGUCCGAGACAAAGGACGGAGUUUUCGAGGACUCCAUCGUAGCAAUAGCCCUGAUAGAUGGUGUAACUGCCUGUGAAAUGUGUGAAAUAUUUCACUCUCAAGAUCUAAAGUUGAAGUGGGACAACUCAAUUGAUAAAUCAACCUGGAUUGAAGAUAAGGACGAGCACUGUGCGGUGUACCACCAGGUCCAGAAAAGGAUCUGGCCUUCAGCUCAGCGAGAUUUUGUGUACGAGAGUCACAAACAGCAGCUAGGAGAAGGAGAUAACCCUGACUGGAUCGUGUGUAACGUGUCGUGUGACCAUGCUACCGCUCCCUCCGAUAAGUAUUGUCGGGCCAGUGUUGAGAUUGUGUUUUACUGCCAGACCAUCGUUACUGGAGACCCCCUCCUCCGGGAGAACAUCAAGUGUAAAAUCUUCUACUCCUCUAAGAUAGACCCAGGUGGUUGGAUACCUGUCUCUGCUGUCAAGGCUGCUGCUACCAGGGAGUAUCCAAAGUUUAUCAAGAAUUUGGGUACUUUCGCCCAGGACCACGUCAAGGACCAGAAGAUGAAGUAGGUAACGUAGGGAGGGAAUGUAAGUAGGGAGGGACUGUACAAUAUUUACCUUUAAUGUUAUUUAUCCUGCGAUUGUUUUGUGUUUAUACCUUUUUAAAAACUUUAUUUGAAUUCUAUAUUAUGUAUAUCUGACCUGCAAUAUUCACUAAAAUGAUUUUAAGAUAAUCAUUUGUUUCAGUCGAAUUAAUAGUCCGACUGUGGGUUUUAUUUAUUAAAUUGGGUGUUGUUGAUUGUUGUUGUUUUUAUAGUUAUUUAAGUGGUUCUAUUGCUAAGUGUGACCCAUACUACUGCAUAGCUUCAUACAAGCUUGUAACAAGUUUUGAUCCCUGUUCAUGUUAUUGUUAGUGUCGACCAUUGUGGGAUAUUGGGUUAGGUGUAGAGAUGAAUUGAAGACUAUUAAUUCGGCUGUAAAUUGGAGUACUUUUUGUUUGACAUGUGAUCUCAUAAAAUUAAUCAUUAAUAAUCACAUUUCUCACGUUACACCUUGUUUUUUACUUAGGGUUUUGAAAUCUUUUAUGGGUUUGAGUUGACUUUGAUAUUUCUGACAUAUUUCUGCAUAACAUAAAAACAAAAUUUUGAUUUUUUGAACAAUAUUUUACUGUUUUGACUGCAAAUUGGUUUAUUAUAUUACUAAUUAUUUAAUUAUUAAAAUUAUCCUCCUGUCAAUCUGUCAUGUUCAAGGAUAUAUUAUUAUGAUGUAUUCUAUAAAACCUAAAUGACGUGGAGUCAUCAGGAACAGUAUAUUUAUUGCGAUAGGUAAUUGUACAUUUAACGCAUCAUUCGGCGAUAAGCCAUGCUUCCAGCAUAUUACAAAUAACGUUUUACACCAACAUCAAACCACCAUAGCUCCUAAAGACCUAAAUACGAUGAGCCGUACCAAUUAACAUCUCUUAUCAUCAUUCAAAUGAUUACCUCCCUGCCGCAAAUCUUUCAAAUUGUUCGAUUACCUAUCGCAAUAAGUUAUGUGUUUAUAGUGAUACCUACCGAUAUUAUCCGAUAAUGAUUGUCAUUUGUAAUUGUCUCCUGAACCGGUUCUCAUUAAAAUUAGAAUUAUUUUCCACCAAAUCGAUCUGUAAACAAUUUAGUCUGAAAAGCACCAUGGUAAAUUAGUAAAUCGCCCUACCCUAAUAAACACAGUUAAAAACUGGCAGACCACCACUAGGCUUUUAGGCAC